AGUCCGGAACCAGCGGGGUGAAGGUGAACCCGGUCCGUCUCUCUCACUGCCCGUCGCUGGAAGCACCCGCUCCCCAUCUGCUCCUCCUGCACCGCACCGGGAUCAUCUGCUUAUCCGUGAGCCAUGUCCGUUUUCACCGAUGUCCCGCAGGCCCCGCCCGUAGCGGUCUUCAAACUGACCGCGGACUUCAGGGAGGACAGCCACCCGCAGAAGGUGAAUCUGGGAGUCGGAGCUUACCGUACCGAUGACUGCCUGCCCUGGGUGCUGCCGGUGGUGAAGAAGGUGGAGCGGCUGAUCGUGGAGGACGAAAGCCUGAACCACGAAUACCUGCCAAUCCUCGGUCUGCCGGAGUUCCGCUCUGCUUCCUCCAAGGUCGCUCUGGGAGACGACAGCGCCGCCAUCAAGGACAACAGGGUCGGAGGAGUCCAGGCUCUGGGCGGGACCGGUGCUCUGAGGAUCGGGGCAGAGUUUCUGCGACGGUGGUACAACGGCGUCAACAACACAGCCACACCUGUGUACGUCUCAGCACCCACCUGGGAGAACCACAAUGCUGUGUUUGCCGAUGCUGGCUUUAAAGACAUCCGCCCCUACCACUACUGGGAUGCUGCUAAGAGGGGUCUGGACUUCACCGGAUUCCAGGAUGAUCUGGAGAAAGCUCCAGAACACUCCAUCUUCGUCCUCCAUGCCUGCGCACACAACCCCACCGGAACCGACCCGACCCAGGAGGAGUGGAAGAAGAUCGCAGAGAUCAUGAAGAGGAGGAAUUUGUUCGUGUUCUUCGACUCCGCCUACCAGGGUUUCGCGUCCGGCAGCCUGGACAAAGACGCCUGGGCCAUCCGGUUCUUUGUCUCCGAGGGCUUUGAGCUCUUUGUGGCUCAGUCUUUCUCCAAAAACUUUGGCCUGUACAAUGAGAGAGUGGGGAACCUGACAGUGGUUGCCCAGGACAACGAGAACCUGACCCGCAUCCUUUCCCAGAUGGAGAAGAUCGUCAGGACGACCUGGUCCAACCCGCCAUCUCAGGGAGCACGCAUCGUCAGCAAGACCCUCAACUGCCCCGAGCUGUUUGCAGAAUGGUACGCUGCUAACGAGCAACCGCUCACAA